GUCCACACGCGCCAUUCUAGUCAAAAGCAUCUUUGUGCGCCCUCGUUCGCUCUUCGUGCAGCCGGGAGGAUACCCGGAGAAAGGAUUUUUGGCACAUCUAAAUGGUCCCACAGGAGACACUGACAGCGUUGCGCUUUAGACAGCAUCACAGAAACGCUAGCCCUGUUUCCGUCUUGAUUGGACAGGGUUUUUUUCCAGUUAACUUUUUAGAAAUAAUUUUACAGCCAGGGAACCAUAUCGAUAUUUUUAGUUUUGAAUCCUAACUUGGCUUUGAAACGCGACGACCAUGUGUGUUUUUUCUCCCUUGAGUUCUAUUGCUUUGGAUUAUCCUCUUGCAUCCACCGAGGCAAUUUCAUGCUGUUUUUUGCAACGGCAGUUCUUCUAAUCCCCGUUACUUAUAGUGGCAUCUCAACGGACCCGUUUGGUCCCAACCGAGGGUAGUGGGGGGGAAAAUUCAGAGACUUAAGGCAGAGAAAAAUUGGCGGAGUUUCUUUCUUUCUAUUUCCUGAGUACGUACGUUAUCACGAUGUGUGUGGUGCUAGAAUCCCCACCGCCCCUUACAGAGCGCCAGUAGCCCGACCGGUCCCGGAGUCGAUCAGCGCCUUCUCCUGACCGUUCGCUUUCUAUCUUUGCCCUUAGUCGACGACUGUCUGUCUGUUCCUGUGGAAUAACAGUAGGAAAACGAUAAAGAGAGAAGGGAUCAGUUUUCCCCCUCUUUAUCCCGCCUGUGAACAACAGGCGCUUUUGGAUUGAUACUUUUUCCGGAGAAUGGUCAAUGAUCGAUGGGGAAUCAUGAACAGCUCUUCGGAACUCGAAGAUGGACAGCGGGGUAAAAACCAGACAUUCUGUGAGUGUGUCCCCAGCACUUCCCAGUUCACACCUCGCUGGUCAGACUCAGACACAGUCAGACAAACAACACCCAAGAGGAUGAGCUGCAGCUAUCUCCUUUGCACCAUCCUGCUCUUCGUAGCCGUGCUCCUUGCCGUCACUGUAACUGGCACCAUCCUCUUCAUGAACCACUAUCAGGCCCCGCCCAUGUCGGAUGGCCCGCCCCAUGUCACUACCAAUCAGGAUGAAGCCAAUGCAUUGGUGACAGUCGAGAGGGGUGACGGCUCCCGCAUAAACAUCUUCAUCGACCCCAACUGCCCCGACUACAACAGCAACUUCCUGCGCUUGGAGGGGGUCCAGACAUCUCUGCUGCACUCUCUGACGGACCAUGACUCCGACCUCAAGUCAGUCAAAGGCCAGGACCGCGCGCUAUUGGUCAACCUGGCAGAGGAGGUCGCUAAGCUGUCCGCCCAUGCUGGCCAGCUGAAGAUGGAUUAUGAGUCUCUGCGGAGAGGGCAAAGUAACUUGGGACAGGACCUCAACACCCUCCAGUCUGAGCAAGGGAGACUCAUCCAGCUACUCUCUGAAAGUCAAGUUAACAUGGUGAAGGUGGUGAACUCAGUAAGCGAUGCUUUGAGCUCCAUGCAGAAAGAAGGUGGUGGGCUGAAGACCAGGGUGAAGGCUGACCUGCAGAGAGCUCCAGUUCGAGGAGCACGGCUUAAAGGCUGUGCCAACGGCUCCCGCCCUCGUGACUGUAGUGAUAUACAUGCGAGCGGUCAGCGAGAAGAUGGCAUCUACUCUGUGUUUCCCACUCAUUACCCUGCAGGCUUCCAGGUCUACUGCGAUAUGAGUACGGAUGGCGGAGGCUGGACGGUGAUUCAGCGUCGUGAAGACGGGUCUGUGAACUUCUUCCGGGACUGGGACUCUUACAGAGAAGGCUUUGGCAAGAUCACUGGCGAACACUGGCUUGGUCUGAAGCAGAUCCAUGCUCUGUCUAUCCAGGCUAACUACGAAUUGAGGAUAGAUCUAGAAGAUUUCGAGAACAGCACAGCGUUUGCCCAAUACGGCAUGUUUGGAGUCGGGCUGUUCUCAGUUGAUCCCGAGGAUGAUGGCUAUCCACUGACCAUCGGUGACUACACCGGCACUGCAGGUGACUCCUUGCUGAAGCACAACGGCAUGAAGUUCACCACCAAGGACCGCGACAACGACCACUCGGAGAACAACUGCGCCUCUUUCUACCACGGUGCGUGGUGGUACCGUAACUGCCACACGUCCAACCUGAACGGGCAGUACCUGCGCGGGCAGCACACCUCCUACGCUGACGGCAUCGAGUGGUCCUCCUGGACUGGCUGGCAGUACUCGCUCAAAUUCACCGAGAUGAAGAUCCGGCCCACACACGAGGAACGAGAGAGCAAGUGAGCCAGAAGCCGGAGCCGGAUAUGGGAGGCAGCUGAGGAGGGAAGAAGAGAAAGACGUACGGAGAAGAGGAAAGGCGUGCAUUGAAAAUGUAUAUGAAUAUGACAAUGACUCGCAGCCGACAGUGACUGUAGGAAAGAGAGAUGCUGUCAGGCACCUUUAUUUUGUUUGUUUGUUUGUUUGUUUGGUUGGUUGUUGUUGUUUGAGGUUUUUUUAAUUUUUUGCAUUGGGCUUUGUAUGAAAAGUCAUACAUAUAUCUACUCCUUAAAAUGUGUAACUCCAUCCACCCAAACGUUCUCCCCCUCAGGUAAGUAUGUUUUCAUUGGGAAAAUAAAACAAAUUCCUGAAUUGAUUGGUGGAGAUUAAAAAAAAAAAAAAAAACUUGAAGUGGCAUUCAUUAGAGCAUCCUGAGUGAACCAGCAGGUGGAUAUGCAGCCUUGAUCCUCAGAACAUUCCAUAAGAACAAUUCUCAUGGACAAAUUCAACAUGUAUCACAUUAUUAUUGCAUAGUACAACAGAACUAUCCACUCACCCAAGGUUAACUGGGAAGCUAGACAUUUCAUAUUUGUUUGCUGUAGCUGAAUUUGACACUGGAAUGGUUCCAGAGAGAGGAAAUAUUUCUUUAUUGUUCGAUGCAUUUACUUUUCCUGAAAAGGUUGACAUAAAUGGACAGCACUCAUUCUGCAUGUGACCUCCAGAACAGCCAUAAAGUCUCUUGAGUCUCGUUCUGAAAUGAGAAAACGCACAACACACAUACGCAUACAAACACACACCCAAAGAGAGAGAGAGAUGGAGAGAGAGAGAGAGAGAGAGAGAGAGAGAGAGAGACAGAGAGAGAGAGAAAUAAACAGAUGUAACAAAAAAGGAUGACAAAGAAAGAUGAAUGGAGUGGCAAAGAAGGAAUGCUGGAAAGAGAAUGUCAGUGCACAACAUGAUUACUAAGAUGAUGGGAGGAGCAGCACAUUGACUGGUCUCUGCAGCAGCUGGGAUUCCCAUUCUGUGGUGCUUCUGGGAACUGUAGUUCGAAAAGGGAAUGGCUACAGAGAGGAGCUGGUGAAAGAAACCAUGGAAGAGGAAACUGGGAGAUUGUUGAAAGAGGAAUGAGCAGAUCUAUUUGACAGGCCAUUAGUGAGCAUAUUGGCUACUUUGUCUGAUUGCCCAUGCCAACUGAUUGUAAGCCAACACUCCACUGCUUCCACAGAUGGAGUGUAUGUGUGUGUGUGUGUGUGUGUGUGUGUGUGUGUUUGUGAGUGUGUGUGUGUGUGUGUGUGUGUGUGUGUGUGUGUGUGUUUGUGUUAAUAAUUCAGCAUGACUUAAGCUGCUUCUGAUUGACCUGCUAAUGGAAUCUGUUAACAUUACACUUGAAGGACCACCAGCCUGUCCAAAACUCGA